AUGGAUACGCUAAUCGACGUCCUGGUUCCGAGACUGGAUCUGGCCUGGACCGCAAGGGACUGGAUCGUGCUGCACACGAUUCUCUGGCUCUGGAGAUAUGUGCGACUCGUCGUGCACUGCGUCAGCCACUGGAGAUACAGGUCCAUCACGCCGCAGGAGAAACCCGCCCUCACGUCGGACGACGUUACGGUCAUCAUCCCCACCAUCCACAACCGCUUCCAGGAACUGCAGGGCUCGCUCGAGACCAUCCUGGCCUGCCGCCCGGCCAAGCUCAUUCUCGUAACUACGUGGAACAAGCAUGAGGCGUUGGAACAGGUGGCGGCGGCCCUGCGGCGGUCGCCCGCCGGCUGCGCGCGCCCCACCGCCAUCGAGGUGCUCCACGUGGACAAGGCGAACAAGCGCCUCCAGGUGUGCAAGGCGCUGGAGGAGGACCAUGUGCAGACGCCCAUCACCGUCAUGGCCGACGACGACGUCGAGUGGCCGCCGACGCUCAUGCCCUGGAUCCUCGCGCCGUUCGCCGACAAGAAGAUCGGCGGCGUCGGGACCUGCCAGCGCGUGAAGCGCAUCGACGGGGACCUGGCCACGCGCGUCUACAACUGGCUCGGCGCGGCCUACAUUGAGCGGCGCAACUUUGAGAUAUCGGCGACGCACAACAUCGAUGGCGGCACGUCGUGCAUGUCGGGCCGCACCGGGGCCUACCGGACCGAGAUCCUCAAGAGCUACGACUUCCUAGGCGGCUUCAAGAACGAAAAGUGGGGCAAGUACAUCCUCAACGCUGACGAUGACAACUUUGUGACGCGCUGGCUGGUGACCCACCACUGGAAGACGUGGAUCCAGUACCACCCCGAGUGCGAGGUUGAGACGACGCUCGAGACCAGCAUCAAGUUCCUCUACCAGUGCUCGCGCUGGGCGAGGAGUAACUGGCGCAGCAACUGGACUAGCCUGGUGCACGAGAGAUUUGUGUGGAGGCAGCAGAUGUGGUGCACCUACGCCCUGCACCUCGCCACCUUCACGUCGCUAGCCUUCAUCACGGACCCGCUCAUGCUCUACUCGUGCUGGCGGGCCACUGAGAACUUGGCGCCCAGCCACCGCCACCUGGUCCUAGCCGCCGAGAUCCUCUUCAUGUUCGCCUUCACCAAGGUCGUGAAGCUCGUGGGGCUGUUCCGGCGGAACCCGGCCGACCUGGUCUUUCUGCCCGUCUCGAUCCUGUUUGGCUACUUUCAUGGUCUCAUCAAGUUGCACGCGCUCUUCACGCUUAAGGAGACAUCGUGGGGAAGCCGAGAAGACGGCGACGAGCACAACACGUACCGCCUACAGGAGAAGCCUCGCCGCAGCCAGAGCAUGACGACGCCCUCGGGGCCCGACCUGUCCGACUCGAUCCGAAACGUGCGGUCCUCACUGCCAUCGCCCAAGCACGAGUUUGGAGGCCGCCCCGUCACCCUGAAGCACUCGAUUCCCUGA